AUGGGCCCAGGGGACUCAGACGGGCACAACAAAGAGGGAACUUCCCGGGAGCUCCCCCGACGCCCCGGCCGGGGAGGACUUUGGCCCGCGGCCACGCGUCCUGCGCGCUUCCCAGGGAGCGACAGGACCGUGGACGGCCUGGAGGAGGCCCCCGCCGCCAGCCCGCUGCUGGAAGACCUCAGGCGGCGGCUGGUGCGCGCCUUCCUGCGCGCGGUGUCGCGCCGGGGCUCCAGGCGCUCCCGGGACGAGGCGGCGGCGCUGGAGCAGCAGAGCCGCGCGCGCAUCGAGAGCGCCCUGGCGGGGCUGCGCGCGGAGCUGCUGGAAAUGAGUUUUCAAAAUCGCCAGCUGGCCAGAACGUUGCUGGAUUUAAACAUGAAAAUGCAGCAAUUGAAAACGGCUUGUGAUCUGGAAAUUGCCCCAGAAUCUCAAAGCUUGGAUGAUAAUGCUGUGAAGCUGGGAAAAUAAAACGUGCCCUGGAAGAUUUGAACACUAAAAAUAACCCAGAUGACUCUAAGACAAUCCUGACAGUACCAUUAUGGAUGCUUUGCAUGAGAUUGUAGGGGUGAUUUGUAGAGUGAAAACUCAGACGCCAUGGGGAAUUGACAGAAAACACCUAAGAGGAGAGAAGAGGCUGUUACUGAGUUUUAAAGUUAUUCAUUGUUUUGGCUGGGAAAUUGAAGCUAGAAAAAAUAGUGAAAACUGCCUUCAUGCCAGUUUCCUGCAUUCUAUCUUGUACUACCUUAAUUUGCCGGCAUUACCUGAACUUUCAGAAUCUGUGCUGUCUUACUUGAUUAUUCUUGGUUUGCCCCUUUAGCUGUUUAGAAGCAGUACCAGGGAAAUGCCAGCUAUACCUUUUAAGUCGAGUCUGCCAUUAGGUAAGCGUGCGCCAUCUCUCUGAGAAUAUUCCCACCGAUCAAGGCAGACCAUCAGGCUGUCUCAGGAAUUUUUGAAGAACUCAGAGGUGGAUGAGCGUGCUCUGAUGGUGGAAGCUGUGGACACGAUGCGCCCCUAUUGCUGCUGGAAUUAGCACAAGCUCUGGUCAAGAAGGUGGAAAUUGAACUCAGUAUAAAAGGGGAAGGAGAGAGCUGAUCUUUCUCUCCCCGGGUAGCUCUAUAAAACUGCAGGCCUUGGGCCUCCCCGGUGGCACAGUGGGUUGAGCACAGCACUCUGAAGCUGUCCUUAGCCUCUGCAGCGCAGGUUCGAUCAAUUCCUGUGGCCCAGCAGACCUCUCCUGUCCUGCCCACUGCUCCCCUCAAGCAGUGUUUUCAGUCGUCUGCCUACUCUCCCUGCUCUGUCUCUGCUGAAUCCUCUCACCCUCCCGCGCCUCUGGCCUGUACCCCAGUUCUAUUAAAAAUAAAAUAUAUCUUUAAAAACAAAUAAACUGCAGGCCUUACUUCAUUUAGAUAUGAGAAAAUAGUCAAGUAUCCUUGUGAUAAAAUCUCUUUUUGCCUAAAUCAGUUGAGUUGGACUUUUAUGACUUGUAGCUAAAAGAGUCCUAAGGGAUGCAAUUCCUUAAGUUUUUAGGAGCUAGGAUGGUACUUGCCGAAUCAGAAUAUCCCUGUCUACCCUAAAUAAGUUGGCUUUUUAAUGCAAAAAAUAAAGUUAAUUAAAAAAUUGCAGAUGUAAACAGCCUUCAUAAUGGUCGUUAUCUGUAAAAAUAAAAAGGAAUUGAUACAAUGUAUGUAAUUUUGGUAUUUAAUUGACAAUAAAAAUUAGCUCUUGAACACAAAGGAGAACAUUAUGCUUUCAUGGCCUUCCUCU